GGGCGGGGGAGCCCGAAGGGAGGAGAGGCGUGGGGAGCACUAGAGAGGCUCGGCGGGCCGACAGCGCAGGCGCCCCCGCUUGGUUCCCCCUCCCGACUCCCAGCUCCCCCCUCCCCCGCCCUUCCCAGGGUGAGGAGAGGGGAGGAGCCGGGAUCCGAGGCGGGCACUUCCGGUGCCCACGCGCCGCGCAGCUCCCGCGGCCGUCACUUUGUGUCUGAGCCCGGGCCCCCCCAGGAGCGCCGAGUCUGGGCUCCGGGCCCCGGGCCGUGCUUCCCCUUCCUCUCACCCCCCACCCCCACCCCCACCCCGUCCCCAGACCAGGCCUCCCCGACCCGGCCGGCCCCAGGCCCCAGGAGCUCGGGGCUUUCCAGUACCAGCCCUCUCGGAGCCCCGGCCCAGCUCUCCGGGCCCGGACCCAGGAAUCCUCGUCUCCCAGCCGGACUGGGCGGCCGCCGUCAAUCCCAGAGUCCGUCCGGCCGGCCUGAGGGAGGGCGCAGAGCCAGGCCCGGGACCCAGGGGAUCGGGGUCGCCCAGCCCCGAGCCCCGGGGAUAUUGGACCUUUUCCUUCUUUUAGACUACCUUAUCUGAACUCCUUUAGUUUCUGAUUUUGAGAUGAAUGUCUUGGUGUCCCAGUUAACUUUAUAACGUUGUACCUCCUCCCUGGAAGUGGUACGUCUGUAUUAAGGCCGAGGCAUCGGAGGAGAAACAGAAGAUGGCAGCUUUGCAUACAGCACCAGACUCCCCAACCUCCCAGCUGGAGAGAAUGGAAGUCAGGCCAGAGUGUGAAGCUGAUCAUGAGGAAAGGGAGGGCAGCUCAGAUCUGGUUGAGGACAGCCCAGAGGAGGGUGAGGGGAGUCCAGAGCCGAUGGAGGAGAGUCCAGAGGAAGGUGAGGGGAGCCCUGAGCCAAUUGAGGGCAGCCCAGAGGAGGAUGAGAGCAGCCCAGAGGACAACGAACACAACUCAGAGCUGAUUGAUGGAAGCCCAGAGGCAAUUGAUGACUUCCCAGAGCCAAUUGAAGGCAGCCCGGGGCCCAUCCUUGGAAGCCCAGAGCCCAUGAUGGGCAGCCCAGGGCCUAUUGAUGACAUCCCAGAGCCCAUUGAUAGCAUCUCAGAACCCAUCAUGGGCAGCCCAGAGCAGCCUAUCGAUAGCAUUCCAGAGCCUAUCAUGGGCAGCCCAGAACCUAUUGAUAGCAUUCCAGAGCCCAUCAUGGGUAGCCCAGAGGUAAUUGAGGGCAGUCCAGAACCCAACAUGGGCAGCCCAGAGGUGAUCGAGGGCAGUCCAGAGCCCAUUGAAGGUAGCCCAGAGCCCAUCAUGGGCAGCCCAGAGGUGAUCGAGGGCAGCCCAGAACCCAUCGAGAGUAGUCCAGAGGUGAUCCAGGGCAGCCCAGAGGUGAUCGAGGGCAGCCCAGAGCCAGAACCACAAGAACCAUUGAAUCAUGACUCUAAAAUGGAGUCCCCAGUUCUUCAGGAGAAGGCUGUGUCAGUUUCCUGGGUUCCAGCUAUUUUAAAGAAAGAGAUCAUUGCUGAUGAUGAGACAGCAACUGACUUCCUAACUACUGAGUCUCAGGGACUGGUGACAUUUGAAGAUGUAGCUGUAUAUUUCUCUUUGGAGGAGUGGGGAAGGCUAAAUGAAGCUCAAAAGGAUCUUUACAAGGAAGUCAUGCAGGAGAACUAUGGGAUUCUGGUGUCUUUGGGUUAUCCAAUUCCUAAACCUGAUGUAAUCUCUCGAAUGGAGCGUGGGGAAGAGUUGUGGGUCCCAGACAGUCCUGGUCCUGAAGAAGGAGAUAUUUUAACUGGUGUUUACACAGGUGGUUGGUUCUGGAAUGAGGAUGAGGAGGAUGAAGAUGAAGAUGAAGAAGAAGGUCCUUUGGAGAACCCUGAAGAAUCAGAACCACCGGGAGUAUGGUCAGCAGCCUAUGGUGUAGGAGACGUCCCUGGAACCUGGGGACCUGAUGAUUCCAUCCAGGUCCAGCCAUCCGACUUGUGGGGAGGAGACCCUGCAAAUUUGGGGAUGGUCCCUGAAGGACAAGAGAUGAAGCCCAUUCUUCAUAGUGGGGAAGGAGGUGCCCCACUCCUGCCUCCCUGGGCCUUCUCAGCAGUGGUGGAAGCAGCCGGGGGCAGGCCAGAGACAACAUGUGAUGUGUGUGGGAAGGUGUUUCCUCAUCGGUCAGGGCUGGCCAAACACCGUCGCUACCACGCAGCUGUGAAGCCUUUUGGUUGUGAAGAGUGUGGGAAGGGCUUUGUUUACCGUUCUCACCUGGCUAUUCACCAGCGUACACACACAGGAGAGAAGCCCUUCCCCUGCCCGGACUGUGGCAAGCGUUUUGUCUAUAAGUCCCACCUGGUAACCCACCGACGCAUCCACACAGGUGAGCGGCCCUAUCGCUGCUCCUUCUGUGGGGCUGGCUUUGGCCGCCGCUCCUACCUGGUGACACACCAGCGCACCCACACAGGUGAGCGGCCCUACCCUUGUCCCCAGUGUGGCCGCAGCUUCAGUCAGAGCUCGGCCCUCGCCCGUCACCAGGCUGUCCACACUGCAGAGAAACCUCACUGUUGCCCUGAUUGUGGACGGGCCUUUAGACUUCGAGCAGAUUUCCAGCGUCAUCGAAGGGGUGGGAAGUGCUCUGAUCUUAGAGAAGAGGCAAGAAGAGAAGAGAGUGAGGGACCUGAGUUGGGUGGGGAGAGUCUGGACCCUGUAAAUGAAAGCCCUGUUAUAGAUAGAAAUUACCCUGAAUUGGGGAAUGGCUUUGGGGAAGGGGAAGGUCCUUCUCACCCUCUUGACUUCCACUUCCCCCUGCCACCCAAAUCUUGGCUUCAUGGAGAGAAUCUCCCCAUGUUAGCUCUUCAGGAUUUUGGAGAAAGGGUGGCCCAUGAGUUGGUCGAUGCCCCACCUAUCCCUAGUCAUUUAGGGAGUCAGAUCUCUCUAAUUGAUGGGACAGCAAUGCCUUGCGACCCCUGUGCCCCUGGACUGCUAUCUUUCGGACCUUCAGUGGGGAGCCUUCUUUCCGAUCCCCAGCCUUCUUCCAUGUUGGAAGAAGAAACUCCAUGGAUAUGCUCUGACUGUGGAAAGACCUUUGGGCGUCGGGCGGCUCUGGCUAAGCACCAGCGCUACCAUGCUGGUGACCGGCCACACCGCUGUGCAGACUGUGGGAAGAGCUUUGUGUAUGGGUCUCACCUGGCUCGGCACCGGCGCACACACACAGGUGAACGUCCUUUCCCCUGUCCAGAGUGUGGGGCCCGUUUUGCCCGUGGCUCUCACUUGGCUGCCCAUGUGCGUGGCCACACUGGGGAGAAGCCCUUUGUGUGUGGGGUGUGUGGGGCUGGAUUUAGCCGGAGGGCUCACCUGACGGCCCACGGACGGGCACACACGGGAGAACGACCCUAUGCCUGUGGGGAGUGUGGGCGGCGUUUUGGGCAGAGCGCGGCCUUGACUCGGCACCAAUGGGCGCACGCGGAAGAGAAGCCACACCGGUGUCCCGACUGUGGCAAGGGCUUUGGCCAUAGUUCAGACUUUAAGAGGCAUCGAAGAACCCACACUGGGGAAAAGCCCUUCCGUUGUGCGGACUGUGGUCGGGGUUUUGCCCAGCGCUCCAAUCUGGCCAAGCACCGGCGGGGUCACACAGGUGAGCGGCCCUUCCCCUGCCCCGAGUGUGGGAAGAGGUUCUCACAGCGGUCGGUGCUGGUCACCCACCAGCGAACGCAUACGGGGGAGAGGCCAUAUGCGUGUGCAGCCUGUGGCCGCAGGUUUUCUCAGAGCUCCCAUCUCCUCACCCAUAUGAAGACUCAUCGUGGAACAACAACAACUGGGCCAGCGGCAAAAGCAGAAGGGGCAGGGCAGAACCAAGCCAGUAGGCCUUCAGGGGAAAAGGAGGACAAUAGUAACCCCAAGGUGGAAUUUGGGGGAAACUCUAGUAGCUUUGCAUCUGAGGAACCUACCAUGUUCCCUGGCCCCUCCUGCUCUUAUGAGGAGACCCUCAUGUGAGGUGGGUGAGGAGGGAGCUGGGAGGAGGCAUAUCCCAAGAGACCGUUUGUCUCUUCCCUUUAUAACUCCCCUUGCACAGGGAGCUGAGUAUAGGGAAUAACCCCUGUGAGGUCUCCUGGGGGUCACCUGACUUCAUGCUCCCUCCUCCUUCUCUCUCCAGACAGUGACCCAGGCAGGAGGGAGUUGGGCUUAAGUUGCUUUCUCUGAAGCCCCAGGCACUUCCCCAGCCCCUCACAGUUGCGAUUCUCUCUGGCUCCAGUUCUCUAGUAGGAAGCUGCCUUUCUGAAGGGGCCUAGCUGGUACCCAAGAGGUGGCCUUGGGGCAGAGCGGGUGAGAGCUGGAAUUUGGGAAAGAUUGAAGAGAGAGAAAAGAUGCAGAAGAGUGAAGGUUGGCAUCACAGCGUCCUGGAAUAUGAUUCCACUCGGGGUUUAAAUAGUAGAGCAAACCAAUAGUCAGGAAUGGUGAUGUUAUUUAUUUUACUCUGAUGCAGAAUUGGGUGGGGAAAACGCUUUCUUCUCUGAAAGCCUGGGUUUGAGCAAGAGAAAGGAGGUUCUUGCUUGGUAGCAUGGGACUAGAUAGGGGGAGCAGGGCCAUCUGUGAAUCAAAGCUCAAGCCUGGGUGACAGGUGCAGUGGGUGGAGCAGAGUGACUUUUAACUUGCAGGUAUGGAAUUCCCCCUUCCCUCCUUCUCACUUACCUAGCUUUGUAAAAAAUGUUUGGUUAAUGGGUGACUUCAAUCAAUUCAGUUCAUUUUAAUAUUGAUUAGGAAGUGGUGUAAGAACCUGGUAAUUUCUAUUGAUGUCAACUGGCAUUAGCCUGGCAACUUCAGUCACUAUUCUAGAGUUAAAACUAGAUGAUUUCUAAGGUCCCUUCCAUCUCUAAUAUUCUCUAUUCUAUGUUCUAAAGUCCUUUCCAGUUAUGGUAUUCUGUGUUUUAAGGUCCUGUUCACUUCUGACAUUCUAUUUUUAAUGUUUUAAGGUUCCUUCCAAAUUCAGUUUUCUGUGUUCUAAGGCCCCUUCCACUGCUAACAUCUUCUGUUCUAAGGUCUCUUCCAGUUCUGACAUUCUGUGUCCUAAGGAACCUCCUUAGCUCUGUCAUUUUUAUGUUCUGUAUUUUUGUGGAUCAGUGGAUAAGAAAACUUAGAGGAAUUCCAAAGAGAUUGGCUCUAUGUUCCUAGCCUAAGGGAAUUGAAAUGGAACUGAGAAAACUUUUUUGUGAUCAUGCUUUGAAGUUGAAUCAUAGUACCAACUGAUGGAAUCAGUAGUCAAGAAUGUUAAUCACUGUCUCCUCUGCUGGAAAUCCUAAGUAUUGUGGAGGGAGGAUGGAUCGGCUGGGAAAGGUUGGGUCGUUUGAGGCCUCCUGCUUCAAAAGUGAAUGUGUUUCUCUAGGCACCACGAUCCCCGGCUACAUUUCUUGGCUGCCUGAUGGCAGUCUUAGUCAGAUGGGCCAGUUUGCCUCGUCAUCACCCACAGGUAGCAUGUCUUUGACAAUAAUAGUCAAGAGGGUUCUCAUUCCAGUCAUCUCCCCAGAAGUCUCGGCUGUCUCUACCUCUGCUUGGGAGCCAGAGGCAAAAGACUUCAUUGCACAAAGGGGCCUGUGGAAAACCACACAUUUAUGUGAACCGUAAGGCUGCUUCUAGUGAGUUCUAUGAGCCGUGUGGAUUCCCUUUCUUGUGAGUUAGAGUGAAAUAGAUUACUGUUCAUUGUUUCCACAUAAACUCACCCGGAGGUGAAAGUCACUGGGAAAAGGUUCUGCUGCUUCCCAGUCUUCCCUGCAGCCAGGGACCCUCUGCACUAGUGUCUUCCCACAGACUGGUCAGACUGUCUCAGGAAGCCAGUGUGGUUCACUUAGCACCUUUCUUCUGAACUUUUAACACUUGAUAGACUUUCAGUAUAAUUAAGCACUGCUGGGAGUGAUGGACUGAAGGAGGUCAUAGAAUCUCUUUCUUAGAGGUCUUUAGGAAUAGGAUAGAGGCCGGGGAACGGGCUAGAUGACCUCUGGAGGCCUUUUCCAGUUCUUUUUCUAUAGUUAGUUCAUUACUAGGGGUGAGUCAUAUUUCUGUUUACAAGCAUUACUCCCAUAGAAGAGUAGCAUUCCUGUUUCGUGGAGCAGGGAAUGGAGACACUAAGAAGUUAAGUAAUUUGCACAAGAAUGAUGGUGAAUUAAUGACCAAGUUAGGAUUCAGAACAACCAAUAUUUGUUGAAUGCCUAUUAUGUGCAAAGUACUCGAGUUUAAACUGCACAAUUAGUUUAAAGAGCAGCGAAGGGCAUCUUGGGAAAUAACCAGCAAACCAUUUUGUUUCUUUGCCAGUCUGAACGGUACCAAAAAUUGCCAUUUUGAAUCCAGUUUCAUUCAUUACAACUACAAUUCACUUGCUAUAAUGUAGGCAUGGCAUUGAGGGCCAGGAGGGAGAGAGGCAGGGCUGCUGAGGGUCUUUGUGGGAAUUGGGGUUGGGAAGCACAAGUAGUUGGUGGGAUUGGGAGGUGGGCCUUAGAAAGGGGGGAGGGGGGUUGGGAAAUUCUACUUAGAAGGGAAGGGUUAAAAAUCGAUAUGGGGAUGGGGGUGAAUAGGAGGGGAGGGGGACAAAGGGGGUAUGUGGUGAUGCAGAGGGGAUUAGCAAUGUUUGGGGAAAUUACCGUAUUGAUCACUUAUGCAGCAUUAUCUUGGCUCUUGGCUCAGUCAUACCUGGGCAAGAAAGAUAUGGUGCCUGAGCUAUGGGCAGUGUCCUACAUAGCAAUUUCUGCCCUUACCCUAGGAGGAAUAGAAGCCCCAGAAAUGGGGUGUCAGGGAGGGAAGUGGGUUUGUGUGCUGCGUUCCUGGAGAGCAAAGGAGCUGCGGAAACCACAGACGUUUUUGGUAGCAGUGCCGGGAUCCAGAUGCCAUCCCUUUCCACAUCUGGCAUGUCUCUUCACGUGCAUGUCUUGUGUUCCCUUUGGCCCCUCUUCUUGCCUCCCCUCUCCCCUAAAUGCAUCCAUCCCAUACUCACCCUUGUCAGCUGGAGAACCUAGCUUUAAUAAAAGAAUGGAGAAAUCGAGCUUGACUUGACUCCCUUGCUGUCGACAACUUGGGUCCUUCAUCAAAGGAAUUUUCCAUGAUGAAUGAGAGGCCUAGUUCUUUUUAUUUUAUUUGGUUUUAUAAGUUUUCCAGGUGAAGUGGCAAUGUUUUACAUUUUGAGGGGGGUUUUCUUACUGUAUACUGCAUUAACAUAUUCUCUACUUUAAAGGAGUCAUUUGGUAAGAAAGAUGAAGUCUGCAGGGUCUCCUGCGAUUGAUCCCAGUGCUUGCUUUUCAUUUGAUGGCUCAGUUAGUUUUCACUCAGAUUUACACGUUAGGCUUACUAAUACUAGGUUACAGGGUUUGGACUAAUGUGGAGGGUGGGAUGUUAGCUUUUGGCACAUAAAACCAUAAAAUCAUGACUCUUAAAGUCAUUGACAAUAGUCAAUUUUUGACUUAACAGUAUAGUUGUUAAAUGAAAGAUCCUAUCUAUUCCUCUUGUUGCCAUUCAGUGAGAUGCACAAUUUGUUCCCUAGCAAGAUAAUAAUAUUGGACAAAAGCUGUGUCUCACCAAUUUUCUGGCUAUCUCUAGUAAGUACCAUAUGGAAAUGAUAUUACUCUGUUCAGAGUGCUGCGGUCUUGAGCAGAAUUCACCAGUGGGACCCCAUUAUUUCUGUCUCUUUGAGACUUUGAAGGUUUGAUAAGAACAAAUCCAUUUGUUCUUAAAAGGUUUCCAGUAAUUUUUUGGUUCCUGUUUUUUCCCACUAGGACCCAAAGAUUUUUUUUUUAAAAGUACCCUCAAUUUUAUUAAAGGUAGAUAGAAGGCUGAAAAUAAUGAACUGAAUGUUAGCUUUAGAUGUGACCUUUUGCCAUUAUGAAAUGAAGCAGCCCUACUCUAAAGAUAAAGCAGUUAGAUGGUUUUUGAAUCUAAAAGUACACUCCUAGGAAUAACUUCUAAAUGAGUUAAUAAUUUAGAGUUUCUAAAGUAAAUUUCUAAAACCUAAAUCACUGCUUCACACAGUACAGAACUUCUAUAGGAAAAAUAAACUUUUAUUUCAGAAAUAUACUUUGAAGAUUGAACAUUAAAAGCAAAGCAAACUGCUUCCCAGUGAAGAAAGGACUUCUGAAGAGCUAUUCAGAACAUCCAGGUAAUAAUUUGCUCUGGUAUGACAGUCUAAGUAAAGAAUAGGGUGUGACAGAGAAAUAAGCUCACUAAUCACACUAAACAUCUUGAACUUCCCUCUUGUAUCUCCCUCUCCUUGUCUCAGUCCUCUCCUUUUCUCUCCCAGAAUCCACUCAUCUCUUUUUCUUCCUGUAAUUUUUUUUCUGUCAGUUAUUCAUGUUUUUACUGUUCUCUUACUUCCUCCCCCUUUUUUGUGUCUCCCUUAAUUAUAAAAACUCAUAUUUUAAUAACACUUUGUACUUUUCCCUCAACACAGGUGGGUGUAGUGCAUUUAUAUUCCUAUUUUAUAGAUGCAGAAUCAGACUGGGAUGUGGAAUGACGUGCCCAAAGUCACACAGCUAGUAAGUGUGACUCCCAGGAUUCAAACCUGGAAAUACUUUUUGGUGGUUCUUUCUUAUUAUUAUUAUAAAUUGGAUGUUUCCAAUUCUUAAUUUAAAAAUGAAAGCAAGUUAUUGCUGUCACCUGUCUUGGGGUGACAAAACUUAAAAUAAAUUGCUCUUUGUAGCCCUUAUUGAUUUUUGUGGAUAGAAAUUGUUGGUUAAAAAAAUAUUCCCAUUUCUGGUUCACUGUUAAUUUUAUUGUUUAAAAUUUUAAAAAAUGUUCCCAUGCACAUAAAAUUCACUCCAUCUGUGCCAUUUUCCACUGACAGAACUCCAGUUUAGCAUGGAGACCAUAUGGGAGACUACAUUCCUUGGCUUGAAUGAUUCUGGUACUUGUUGAUUUUGGGGAAGGAGUAGAUAUUAAGAGGCACCGGUGGUGAGUGGGACACUCCCAUUAGGGCUCCCAGCUGCUUUUGCUCAGGUACUCAGAUUGCCUUAUGGUACUCGGUGGGAACUACCUUUCUUUUGACUCCUCAUAUCCCCUGACUCCUCAUGUGAACUUCCCAGUUCCCUCAAACAUCUCUCUUUUGCUAUCUUCUAACUUCCCCUUGUCUCUCUUUUCCUUUUUCUUGUCUUGGGUUGACUCCUUUCCUGGCUUUUUCUAACCACCUAGGUUGUGCUUUCUGGUUACCUGUUGCAACAUUCCCCAGCUCUGAGUGUAUUGGGAGACUUAUUGAGUCCUCUGGGGAGCUGCACAAGUGAUAAAAUCCAGUCCACUGUGGAAUCUCAGGGACUAUGUACAUCUGGCAAAUUUUGUAGCUUGUGGUAUGGAAGUUUUUCUUUCAGCCUACACAGAAGAGGGAUGAGAGAUGACAUGGUGUAAAUGUGUGCUAAGGAGAACCAACCUUAAAUUGGUGUAAGCUGUAAAUGCAAACACCUGUUAGUUCCUUCCUAAUGUAAAACCUCAUUUCCACAUAACUACACAGAAAGCAGUGUACAGGUAGGUAUUCUUUUAUUUACAUGUGUUCCUGCACAAUUCAAUUCUAAUAAAUGUUAUUUACUUGUCUAUUAUGUGUAAGGCAUUGUGUUCUAGGUUCUGAAUGUAUAAAGAUGAGUACCACCAAGGCUUUGCCCUUAAGGAAUUUGUUAUCUCCUGGGGAUAGAGAUAGAACUUCAGCACAAGUAACUGAUGCAAGGGAGAAUGUAAUAAAUAUAGAGGAGCAGUCCAAACUGAUAAAAGGACCCUGAAGGAGUCCUUUUGGCAGGCUCUGGGAACAUCCCUUGUAGGGCCCAAAAAUGGAUUUCCACAUCAGAUGGACUUUGGUUACACAAUAAGGAAUGUUUCCCCUUUAUCUCUUAUCUCCUCAGAUAACCUGCCUUCUACUCCUCCCUCCCCACCCCCCAAGAAGAGUUUAAACUUUUGGCCCCGAAGUCUACCCCCUUCACUCCACCCAUCCACGUACACUUUCCAUUUUCUUAAUAUUCUAUUUGUAGCUUUACAAUGCAGUUUUCCUGCCCCACCCCUUGGAAUCCCUUCUUUUCUUCAAAGAUUAGCAGAAAAAGCACUUUCAACGUGAUGCUACUUCCCCUCUCCUGCUCCUGGCUAAUUUCUCCCAGUAAAUUUCUACAUAAGUUACUUUGUAUUUUUGGAUGUGUAUAUGUUCUUUCCUUAUAUGGAAUGUUGGUUCCCUAAGGGUAGGGACUUACACUUUUUAUCCCCAGGACCUAUCAAUCAGUGCCUGACACAUGUUAAAUACCAUUUUCAUAGCUGGUUUCUAUUUCAACCUCUUCACUUUAGGCAUGAGGAAACGGAAUCAGUGGUUAAGCAGCUUAUCUAAGGUAAAAUGAAAGAGCCAUAAUUCAGAUUCAGUAUUCUUUUCAUUAUACCACUACCCAUCUGUCUAUUUGGGAUUUAUAUAUCUCUUGUUUUCAAAAAUGACAUGAGGCAACUUAUAAUGUGGUCACAGAGGAAACUCAUCAACUUAGAUUUUUUUUUUUUUUAAAGGUAAUAUACAUAAGAUGGAAGCAAAGGCACGUAAUAGACUGAAUACAAAAGCAUGAUAUGGUCUUGUAAAAAAAAUUAGUGCCAAGGUGUUAAAGCCCAGUAUGAUAAGGUUGUUGGGGUAAGCUUGUAACAACAAAAAGGGUUUUUCCCCCCAUCAGUCUUAAAGCUAUAUGGGGGAAGGAAGAUAAAAAUGGGUAGGCCCAUUGGACAGGGUGGAUAGAAUGAUGAUAACCUGACAGGAGGGAGAAAGGGUGAACUUGUUUAACUCUUAUUUUGCUUUUUUUUUUUUUUUUUUUUUUAAUUGGCUUAAUGAGAAUGUUUGAACUGAAAAUGAGAGGAAAAUAUCUCUAAAAGGUAAUUGACCUCUAAGAAAAGUAAGGAAAAUUAAGAGAAAACAAGAUUGCCUUUGAUAAGUUCAGAUCACCUGGCCUAAAUGAGCAACCGCUUAAGGAAGGACUGGAUAAUAUUUGACCUGAAUGACUGAGAGUAAAUUUUGAAAGACUAGAGAAUCGAAGCAGUACUGCAGAAGCAAAGAAGGCUAAAUGUCCUCAUUUCCCUGCCUUUCCCUUCCAGGAAGAAAAUGGAGUAGGAAAACCUGAGGGGCAGUGACUUAGAUUUGGAUUCCUAGGAAAAUUCUAGAAAGUUUAAAGAGGUUGGGAAUCCUUCAUGUAAGGACUGAUCUGGUUUUGUUUGCUGAGGGACUUGCUCCCCAUGCAGGCAGGACAGGGAAACACAGGUAGAUUAUUACCAAUGCUUACAUGAUGCCUGCCUCCUACUGCCAUGAUACAUAUGGAGUUGGCUAAAAAUUUAAAAUCCAAAACAAUUUUUCAUACAUUAUUUCAUAAAUUUAUCACAAUUGGCUUGUAUUCUCAUUUCCUAUUAGGAUUUUUAUCACCUUCCAAAAUUUGUAAACUAAAUAAAAGUACAAUUGCAUUAUUGGAGUAGAAUAUGUUUAUAGUCUGAAAUUCAGAUUAAGAAGGAGUUUAGGAUUGAAAAAGAUAAAAGUAUUAAACUCUUGGCAGCACUCAUUCUGAUGAAGACCUGAUAAACUCCAUUUUCCUUGAUUCUGGGCUUCAAAUGACUAUUCUCAGUGUACUCCAGUCAAAAUUUAGGGAUGUUUAUUCCCUGAGCUCCACUUUCACCUGAGGAAAGUGGAGGAAAAGUCUAACCCAGGAUCAAUUGUAAGUAGAGAUUACAUAGUGCAGUGAUUACACUGAGGUGCAGAGGCUGUCUCAGUUCCAGCUGUCUCCCUCAUCUCUUGCUCCAUCCCUUCCCCAUGAAUCUCCACUCAAUUCUCUAAUGUGUGUCUUCUCAUGUUGGGCUCCUAAAAGUUUCAGUGGCGUCUCUGCUGUCCUCACAGUCCUGACUUCCAAUACCUGAUGCCUAGGAGAGAGAGAGAGACAGACAGACAGAUACAGACACACACACAUACAGAGGGAGGGAGAGAUGGAGAACCCCAUGCUUCUGUAUCAAAGGCAAAUGGACUUCAAUCUGAAAUUUCCCAGAGGCUAAAGCCUCAGUGUGCCUUUGCAGUGAGAGUUGUGCCAAAAAAUCUCUCAAGGUCUUAGUGUUUUAAUGACCUAUUCAGCACAACCAUUUGUGACCUUUUGUGAUAGUCUCAAUACACCCUGAGUUUGAGUGUAAUUUUCUUUGGCUCCCAUGCAUUUUUAUGUCCCCUUAAUGGUUUCAUCUGAGUGUAGCUACAGGGACAUUCAAAGAAAAAAAAAAAGGCUGAUUAAACAUCUGCUUUAUUAAG